UAUAACAGCAUACCUGAAGUCAAGAAUGUUUUCCAAGCUAACCCGCUCUCCGAGCAUUGCUGUUCUCUGUCGAGGUGUUCAUGCUUCGCUGAGUUCCGCCACCUCAGUUGCUACUAAAAAAACCAUUCAGGGACCUCCGUCCUCUGAUUACAUAUUUGAACGUGAGGCUAAAUAUGGUGCCCACAAUUAUCACCCACUACCCGUUGCUCUGGAAAAAGGAAAAGGUGUUUACGUGUGGGAUGUUGAAGGUAGAAAGUAUUUUGACUUUCUGAGUGCUUACAGUGCUGUUAAUCAAGGCCACUGUCACCCCAAGAUUGUGAACGCUCUGAAAGCUCAGUCUGAAAAACUGACCCUUACAUCUAGAGCGUUCUACAACGAUGUACUUGGUGAAUAUGAGGAGUUUGUCACCAAAAUGUUCAAUUAUAACAAAGUGCUUCCAAUGAACACAGGAGUGGAAGCUGGAGAAACUGCCUGUAAAUUGGCUCGGAAGUGGGCGUACUCUGUGAAAGGAAUUCCAAAAUACAAAGCAAAAAUUAUUUUUGCAGCUGGCAACUUCUGGGGCAGAACAAUGUCUGCCAUCUCGAGCUCUACCGACCCAUCCAGCUAUGAUGGAUUUGGACCCUUUAUGCCAGGUUUUGAAGUGAUCCCAUACAAUGACCUGCCAGCUCUUGAGCGGGCCCUUCAAGAUCCCAACGUAGCAGCUUUCAUGGUUGAACCAAUCCAAGGUGAAGCCGGUGUGGUUGUUCCCCACAAGGGUUAUCUUACAGGAGUGCGGGACCUCUGCACAAAACACAACGUUCUGUUCAUCGCUGAUGAAGUACAGACUGGUUUAGCCAGAACAGGGAAAAUGCUAGCUGUUGACCACGAAAACGUGAGACCUGACCUAGUUCUUCUUGGAAAGGCCCUUUCUGGUGGCUUAUACCCUGUCUCCGCAGUACUGUGUGACGAUGAAGUUAUGCUGACCAUUAAGCCCGGUGAACAUGGAUCUACGUAUGGAGGAAAUCCAUUAGCUUGCCGUGUUGCAAUAGCUGCGCUGGAGGUAAUUGAAGAGGAAGAAUUGGCUAAGAAUGCAGAAAUAAUGGGUAAUAUACUAAGAAAUGAGCUCAUGAAGACACCAUCUGAUAUUGUAACUUCUGUAAGAGGAAGAGGACUACUAAAUGCAAUUGUAAUUCGGGAAACCAAAGACUAUGAUGCCUGGAAGGUGUGUUUGCGGCUUCGCGAUAACGGACUUCUUGCCAAACCGACGCAUGGUGAUAUCAUUCGGCUGGCACCGCCCCUUGUGAUUAAGGAGGAUGAAAUCAGGGAGUGCAUUGAAAUAAUUCAUAAGACCAUUCUGUCUUUCUGAACACAUUGGCUUUUAAAAAAUAUAUCUGCUGACUGACCCACGGUGGUGUGUUGAAAUAUGUGCGAUGAAGGCCUGCUCUUGAAGCAAGCAUCUCUCAUUCCUUCUAUCUAAGAGGACUUAACUCUUAAAAUGUAGCUAUGUCUUUAAAUUAUAAUGGCUCUGAAGAAAAUAAAGAAUGAUUUCAAAGAGUUUCCAAUGUUGGAGUACUUGGAAAUAAAGU